UUUUUCAUGGCUCAAUCAAACACAAGCACAGUGGUUUUCCCAAAUCACGAAUCAGACCCUAUUCCUCUCAAAUCCCUAAAACCAGGGCCGUACGUUACACAUCUAUGCACAGGAAUCGACGAUGACGGCGUCGUUUGGUCGUGUCGCCUGCGUCGUUCUUGUUCUAGGGUUAGGGCUAGGGUUAGGGUUUGGUUCGGGCUCUGCGGAAGCUCUGAAGGUGCCACUUAGGUUCAAGGACGUCCUUCCGGUCCUGCCCCGGCAGAUUUCCUGGCCGGUGCUCAACAACCUUCACAGCGCCGUUGACCUGUUGCCGGAGUUUGUCGGAUCGCUCGCCCCCGCCAAUGGGUCGGUCCGGUGGCAAGGCGCAUGCUUUUCCGACAACGAAGCUCGCGUCGAGUUCACCGCUGGCGAUCGUCGCGGUUUGGGUGGCGGCAUUAUUUACCUCAAGACUUCUGCAGCUCACAGUUGGACCUGUAUGGAUCUGUAUGUUUUUGCAACACCAUACAGGGUUACUUGGGACUACUACUUCUCUGCCCGAGAGCAUACUUUGAAAUUUGAAUCCUGGGAGGAACCAGCUGAGCGGGAAUAUGUAAAACAGCAUGGAAUCUCUGUAUUUCUUAUGCCAUCGGGAAUGCUGGGGACCUUGCUUUCAUUAGUAGAUGUCUUGCCCCUGUUUUCUAACACUGGUUGGGGUCAGAAUGCUAACAUAAAUUUUUUGAAGAAACACAUGGGUGCAUCAUUUGAAAAACGUUCUCGGCCUUGGCGUGCAACUAUAAAUCCAGCGGAUGUCCAUUCUGGUGAUUUUUUAGCUGUAUCAAAGAUCCGUGGUCGGUGGGGUGGAUUUGAAACUCUGGAGAAGUGGGUAACAGGAGCAUUUGCUGGUCAUACAGCAGUUUGUUUGAAGGAUGAACUUGGUAAUCUUUGGGUUGGUGAAUCAGGACAUGAGAAUGAAAAGGGUGAAGAAAUUAUUGUGGUAAUUCCAUGGGAUGAAUGGUGGGAAUUGUCUCUUAAGGAUGGUUCCAAUCCACAAAUAGCAUUGCUGCCCUUACAUCCAGAACUGCGGGCUAACUUCAAUUCUAGUGCUGCAUGGGAAUAUGCACGGAGUAUGUCAGGGAAGCCAUAUGGUUACCACAACAUGAUAUUUAGCUGGAUUGACACCAUUGCUGACAACUAUCCACCACCUCUUGAUGCUCACUUGGUUAUUUCUGUCAUGUCUAUGUGGACUAGAGUACAGCCAGCUUAUGCUGCAAAUAUGUGGAAUGAAGCUCUAAAUAAGCGGCUUGGAACUGAGGAUUUGGACUUGUAUGGAAUUCUAGCUGAGACUGAAAGCCGCGGUAUAACCUUUGAUCAGUUACUUACAAUUCCAGAACAAGAUGACUGGGUCUACAGCGAUGGGAAAUCAACAACAUGCGUGGCCUUUAUUCUGGAAAUGUAUAAAGAGGCGGGAAUCUUUGGUCCUAUUUCUGACUCUAUUCAAGUAACAGAGUUUACUAUUCGGGAUGCUUAUAUGCUGAAGAUUUUUGAGAAUAACCAAACACGCCUGCCAAGUUGGUGUAACAAUGAGGUUGAUAAGCUCCCAUUCUGCCAGAUUCUUGGUGAAUAUCAAAUGGAAUUGCCAGAGUAUAAUACCUUAGAGCCAUAUGCCAACAUGAACGAGAAUUGCCCUUCUUUGCCUCCUACUUACGAGAGGCCUGUGCGUUGUUAAAUCUUAAUUCUUGCUGCAUGUUUGUGUGAUAUAGUUCUCAUAGAGCUAUCUUCUGCUGCCAUAGCUUGUGGUUUGUUAGGCUGCAAGGACGUCAUAUAUUAUGUGAAAGCACUGCGUUCUCUUGUUUGGAUUCCCCAGAUGAUGUGCAAACUGUUUGUAAAUAGUUGCUUCAAAAAGCUAUGCUCGUUGCUCUUCGGGAAACAAACAAAUUCACUAUAAAUUGUCUA